AGAGUAAUCUGAAUCUGAAAGAAACAGAAAGAUAAUGGAUUGAGUACUUAUUAAAUUGUGAUCUCGGGGUUUGUUGUUAUUAAAAAUGUUGUGAUAAAAGAACUUUUCUGUCCUUCGCGGCUUGAAUUCAAAUAGAAAAUGAUUUAUGAGGUAUUUAAGAAGUUGACAUGAUUCUUCUAUCUUCUGUUAAUAUUUGAGUCAUGUAUCCACUUCUUGUUAUGCUUGAUCUUUGGUUCAUUUGAAUGGAACAGAUGAAAACGAAACGGUUUGCUCUUCUUCUUGCUUGUGUUUUAUGUACUACUAUUGUUGUUCUCCUAUAUGGAGACCCAUCAGUUCAGCCCUCACUUCAAAAUAUUGUUUCAGAAACCCACUCUCGUCUCUCGAAUUGGAAAGCAGCUCAGGUCAAUAAAGAAGUUGCCAAAGGACCAGAUCCAGAAGAAAAAUACUUAAAACGUCUUGGAUUUCAUAUUGAUAAACCUCGGAUAUAUCCAGCUGAUCGAUGGCUAAAUGUUACUUUACCUGUUUUUGCUACAGCUUUAUAUGAAUGUGACAGUCAUUGUAUUAAUGGAUUCCUGAAGUCUUUCCAGCAUUUCUUUGGAAAUUCAUUUCUCAUAAUCUAUGAUUUAGGAUUAAAUCCUUCAGAGUAUUCAGCGAUAAGUGGUAUUUGCAAUUCAACUAAUUGCAACCUAAGAACCUUCGAUUUUGAUGCAUAUCCUUCUCACGUUCGGAAUUUACAACUUUUUGCUUAUCGACCAAUUAUAAUCCAGGAAGUUCUUAAUCAAGCUGGUGCUGUAAUUAUGAUUGAUGUCCAGUAUGUCUUCACAUCUAACGAAAUACACAGUAUUGUCAGCAGAGCUGAAAAGGAUGGAAUUGUUGCAUGGCCUAUAAACCAACCUACAUCAGCUUUAACACAUCCUCGAAUGUUUGAUUUCUUCAAUACAAAACAAGAAAAAUUCUUUUUCCACCGAAUGGUUCAGCCAAAUUUUAUUAUAUUAUACAACACAGACACAGUUCAUUUUAAAAUAAUGUUUCAUUGGGUUAAAUGUGCUCUUGUUCCAAAUUGCAUUGCACCUAUUGGUGCUCAAAAUUCUGGUUGUAGAUUUGAUAAAAAACCACUUUAUCGUUAUUCAGGAUGCCAUAGAUAUGAUAUGUCUGCAUUAAAUGUAGUUCUUGGGCUUAUGUUUGACUUUUCAUCUAGUCAUUAUUCCGCAAAAGAAGAAGAUAAAUUCUUUCGUCCUGUUGAUACUGAAAAAGAUUUUACAACCGAUGCUGACAAAAAUUCAACUACUUUUCCCGAUUCCAACUAAUGAUUGAUUUUAGAAAGUGUGUAUAAUUUUUCUGUACAUUCCUGUAAUAUUUUGUGUUUAAUGUGCUAAAACUGUUUGUGUAAAAAAUUUUAUGUAUUAACUAUCAUAUACGAUGUAAUAUUGAGAAUACUUAUUCUGUUAUAUUUAUACCAAAGAGUAGGACAUGUUUAUUUGUAGAAAUGACACUACUUCUGACUGAAAUUUUUUUUUCCAUAAUUGUAAAUUAUGUGCCAUUUGUUAAGAUUUCAUUUUAUAAACCAUUUGUUGUUAUUUUUGCAAUUAUAAGACAUUUAUGUGUGAUAUUAUUCAUGUGAACAAAAAUCUGUAUUCAUAAUUACUUCAUGAUUAAUGAUUUUUAUUUAAAAAGUUAAAUAAAAAUGUGUUUUAAUUUUUAAAAUGUGAAAACACUUCUUUGCCUAUUUUCACCUUUAUUGCAUUUUUUGUUGUUGUUGUCUCAAGGGAGGGGGGACCACCCUGCCUGAUUUUGCAGUCAUUCAUCUUAUAUGGAAAUUGAAAGCACUAUUUUAAAUAUAAAGCAUCUAUUAAAAGAUUUUGUGCAUAAAAUGCUCAUAAGAUAUUGUCUACAUAUUAAGAUUGUAUAAGUCUAUUAUUUUACAUAUAUAAAUGUUUAAAAUCACAUGCCUUUUCAAAAAUAUUCC